CGAUCCUUUAUUAUCAAGAAGGGUUUGUUAACACUUGUUUUGGGUGAUGAGAAAGGGGACAAGAUGCAAGGCACACCUGAAAAAGAGAAUAGGUAAUCCCGAUGACUGCUUCCCCUCAGCAAGAAGAAGAGUGAGUGGCAGCCUAUUCUUUAGACAGUGCCACGUUGUGCUUGAGCACGGAUUCAGAGACCAGAUAGCCUGGGUUCACACCUCUGCCUAGUGUGGCCUCAGGCAAUUUAACAUGACUCGGUUCUGCCUUAGUUGCUUCUUACAAAACACGGAGAGUACUAAUGUUAUCUCCUUCAUGGUACUGAGGAUGAAAUGAGCUAGUAUGUGAAAAGCACUCGGGUCUGCGGUAGUCUGGAAUCCUGGAUGGUGAGCCGAGCUCCAGGGCGAGGCGUAAGGAGGAAGAGGAGAGGCGGGGAGCAGCCAACGUUCCACCGCAUCCUCUCCGCACCCUUGGCAGGUUCUGCCAAGGCUGUACACAGGAGGACACGGAGGCCGAGCGAGGGGCUCGAGGAUUAGAACCUGCAUGGCCGGACAUUCCUGGGGAAAAGGCCCCUUCCCGCCGCGCCACUUCCGUCGGGUCGGGCAGUGAGAGCGCGACGGCUCGGCCCCACGCCCGGCUCUAGGGUUCCAUCACUGAGCCAUGGCCCACAGCUCCAGCAGCCACGGCCCUAGGAGCCGCCUUCAAGCCCGGCCACCGCCACGGUCACCCACAGGAGGCGGGGAGCGACGAAAGGUUUCCGGGAGGAGCGGGCGAGCCAAGGGUCGGGAAGGGGCUUGAUAGUCACUGACCCUUGUGCACGACACAAAGACUUCUGCGUGCCCACUCUGUGUAGGGUGUUGGGGACACUGAUGAAUCCAGAGUCGGCCCAGACUCCAGCAGCAGCGUACCGCGAGACGUCAGCAGCCAGCCCUGGCCGCGGUCGAUCCACUCAGGCAAGAAGGGGGACGUGGGAGGAGCUGGACCUCGCCUUCCGGAGUUCGCCUCCAAAGCUCCGCCCCUUCGGGGCGCGCCCGGCUACGCCGUAAAGCAGGGAGCGUCUUGACCGCCGACAGCCGCCUCCGUCUUUACGGCGGGCCGCAUUCCACGCCUCCAAUAUGGCGUCCCCCAUAUAGGCAGUGGCCGUGGUUUCUACCCCGGGUGGCCGGGGGCAGUACUGAGCUGGGGUGGUUGUUCAUCCAUUCUGAGCUGCAGUACUUAAAGUUCCUUUCGGGUCACGGUUCCAGGAAGCCACCCUCCUCGGAGGGUCAAGAGUCGCCGCUUCCUUUUCGUUCCUGCAAGUUCCUCCUCUGCCCCUCGUUCGUUUCCCGCGCCACCUCCGGACGCCCCCAGGUCCCAGCCCCUCUCAGACUCACACCAUGAACCCUCGGCAGCUGUUGUUGCGCCUGCCCCGUUACCUCGGGGUCUCGGGUCCCCCGCGUCGCCUGUGGUGGUCCCCGUCCCUCGACACCAUCUCCUCGGUGGGCUCAUGGCGCGGUCAGUCCUCCAAGUCCCCGGCCCACUGGAACCAGGUGGUGUCGGAGGCGGAGAAGAUCGUGGGCUACCCCACGUCCUUCAUGAGCCUCCGCUGCCUGCUGAGCGACGAGCUCAGCAACAUCGCCAUGCAGGUGCGGAAGCUGGUGGGGACUCGGCACCCGCUGCUAACCACCGCCAGGGGACUUGUACAUGACAGCCGGAAUAACCUCCAGCUGAGGGGCUUGGUGGUACUCCUUAUUUCUAAAGCAGCUGGGCCCAGCAGCACGAACGCUUCAUGUCAGAACUAUGACACGGUCAGUGGGAUCUACUCAUGUCAAAGAAGUCUGGCAGAGAUCACCGAACUGAUCCACACUGCUCUCCUUGUACAUCGUGGAAUCGUCAAUCUCAAUGAAUUGCAGUCUUCUGAUGGACCACUGAAAGACAUGCAAUUCGGAAAUAAAAUUGCGAUCCUGAGUGGAGACUUUCUUCUAGCAAAUGCCUGCAAUGGACUAGCUCUGCUACAGAACACCAAGGUUGUGGAACUUUUAGCGAGUGCCCUCAUGGACUUGGUACAAGGCGUGUACCAUGAAAAUUCUACCUCAGCAAAGGAAAACGACAUCACAGAUGAUAUUGGAAUAUCAGCUUGGAAGCAGCAGACUUUCCUGUCCCAUGGUGCCUUGCUCGCCAAGAGCUGCCAGGCAGCGAUGGAGUUAGCGCAGCAUGGUGCCGAGGUCCAGGGUAUGGCGUUUCAGUAUGGGAAGCACAUGGCCAUGAGUCAUAAGAUAAAUUCUGACCUCCAGCCUUUUAUUAAGGAAAAGACCAGCGACUCCUUGACUUUUAAUCUAAACUCGGCUCCGGUCGUCUUACAUCAGGAAUUUCUCGGAAGAGAUUUGUGGAUUAAGCAGAUCGGAGAGGUUCAAGAAAAAGGGAGAUUAGACUACGCGAAGUUGCGAGAAACAAUCAAAGCUGGCAAAGGUGUGACUUCAGCUAUUGACCUGUGUCGUUACCAUGGAAACAAGGCCCUGGAAGCCCUGGCGAGCUUUCCUCCCUCGGAGGCCAGAUCUGCUUUAGAAAACAUUGUGUUUGCUGUGACCAGAUUUUCGUGACACCAAAUUAAAAAGACACUAUUGUUAAUUAGCUGAAGAGCCCAGGGAACGAGGUGAUCGGGAGAGCUUUCGGGAUGAAAUAGCUAAAAUGUGUUAAUGACUUGAAAAACACAUACAUUUUUUUUCCUUCCCUUUAUCCCUUUGCUAAAUGAAUACUGCCUUCUUUCUGGAACUGCUACAAACAAAAUUAGAAGAAAAAAAGGUCAAGCAGUUAUUUCACUUGUCACGCCAGAAGCACACUUGAGGCUGCAGUAGCAGAAAUAAUUAAUGAGAUUCGCUCCUGUGACCUCAGCAAAUGGACAGGAAAGAAGUCUGUAUUGAUUGGGCCCAGCCAGCGAUGGCGCCAGGGCGGUGGCCUGUGGUUUUCCUUCUAGAGAGGAUGGAGCGAGCUGGAAGCUGCAGGUGUCAAGAGAAACGCCAUCAAUGCCAGCCAGGGAGGACUGUCACUUGCAAAAGUAGUGACCAGUUCUCAUAACGGAGAGUCGUACAGUGCACUAAGAAACAUAUGCUUUUUUUUGUCAUCUGGCAAUUGUGUCUCUGUAUUUCUAGAUACAAGAGGGAUAUAUUCUGUGCUUCGUGGUUUUUAUAUGAUUUUUUUGAAGAAAUUGCCGAAAUGUUGCCAAAUAUAUGAAGUCGGAAAUUAAAAUGUUAUCAGAUGUUAAAUUGGUUA